UUGUGUCCAUAACUUUCAAUCGCAAUUUAUUUUAAGGCAAGUUUUCUUGUUACAACAGACUAUUCGCCUCAGAUUAUACUGUUGCUAAAAGAUAAUGGUUUUAAUUUGUGUAAAUCUAUGCAAUAAAAAUUCUAAUAAAUUUCGAAAAUAUUUUAGCCUAAAAUUCAAAGAUGUUGUGGGAGAAAGAGUCGAGAAAGGAAGAUGCUCUAUAUUUGAAUAUGUUUGCGAUUUCCGGAGGAAGUGCAACUAUAAACGAAGCACUUUCUGGCAUUCGAAUUGAAACAAAAGAUUCAACAUGGAACAAAAACGAUGCGGUAUCGAUGCAACGACGAACGGAGGGUAAUGAACAUUUUGGUAACGGCUAUUGGAAUGAUGCAAUGGAAAUGUACAAUGCCAGUCUACGCUAUGCAGAAAGUGGAUCGAAGAACAUCAGUUUGGCCUAUGCGAAUCGAUCGGCUUGUUUUCUGAAGAUGAAACGAUACAAUGAAUGUCUCAUCGACGUCGAACUGGCGAAAGAAGCCGGCUAUCCAGCGGAUUUGAUGCCGAAGUUGGAUCGACGCAAAGAGAAAUGCUUGAAAGCCAUUGAAGAAGGUGCUGCUGAAGCCACUAUCAUGAAGUAUGAACCGAUUCUAAGUUUUGAGCCAGAUGAACACUUUCCAUGCAUGGCAAACGUGGUUAAGAUUGGUCGGGAUGCUGAAGGUAAAGUGGGGCUCUUUGCUAAAGAGGAUGUUGACGUUGGUCAAACGAUCAUCAAGGAAAAAGCAUUCAUGGCCUAUGUGUACUCGCGGUAUGGAUGGAAGUGUAACGUAUGCUUGAAGGAGUAUGGCAAUUUUGUUUCAUGCAGCAAGUGCACUGUCGCAAUGUUCUGCAGCGAAGAAUGCCGAGGUAAUUCCCUUCACGACUACGAAUGUGGGCUAAAGUUUUGCGAAACUUAUCGGCUGAAUACCGAACAUGGACUAACAGGUGGCCACGCUUUUGAAUUAAAUGGUUUGAUAAUGCGUGUCGUACGAAGUUGCUUGGUGGUCAUCGAUAUGUUUGCGAGCGUUGAUGAAUUGAUGAAUUUUGUGGAGCAAGCUAUCAAAAGCGAUCGAAAUCAAAUUCCCACCACUUUAUCGGAUGUGAAAUUACAGUACGGAGCAUUCUUGAAGCUACCGUUAAAAUCGAAUUUUACUACGUUAGAAGACGAUGCUCUCUGUGUGGUAUUUGAAGCCCACAAAAUGCUUUUGGACAUUCCAAAAUUGAAAACAAUCUUCAAUCUUAAGAAGUACCGCAGAUUUUUGAUGCAUCUAAUAAGCCAUCACUAUCUGGUCUUGGACGUUCAUUCAAACAUUGCUAGCUCGGGCUUUUCAAGAGAUUCCAACGUUCCAUGGGCCAGCAGUACGACUGGUGUAAUGGUUGGCUACUUGAGCCACUCGUGUGCUCCUAAUGUUCUGGUAUCCACUUUUCAUGGCAAUUCGGUUAUUAUCACAGUACGACCUGUGAGAAAGGGACAACAAAUCAUGAAUUCACUCCUCUUGGCGCUACUGACGCUACCGAAAGACCAACGGCACAAGAUGUUAUGGCUGGAAAGACGAAUGAUUUGCCAAUGCGUGCGAUGUGAUGGUGUCACUGCGUCAUUGGCACAGUGCAAGCGAAUGCGUUCGGAUCCAGUUUAUCAGUACCUCACAUCAAAACAGUUAAAUCCAGACGAUGAUGAAGCAAUGCAAACAAUGAUUGACAAAUGCAAAACUUUCUUACGAAAGUACGGUCAGCUUCAAUGGAGCGACGAAAUUGGAAAUAUAGCGCAAGUGUACGUAACACUGACAUAUCUUCAAUACCGGGGACUAAUGAGCUCAGAAACAAUCCUUGAAACCAGUUAAACUCUAUUUCUCUACAGCAAUGCAUACAUAUGUAUGAAUAAGAAUUAUCCAAACAUAAACAGAAACAUAAACAAAGAGAAAACAAAAUAAACCAUUCGAAAUGGGUCUCUUUUUUUUGAGAACAAUUCUAAAAAGAACAUACAAAAUCUU